CCCGCCCCGCGCGGUGCCCGCCGUCACUGCCGCGGGCGCUCGGGCCGCCCGCGCCUCCCCCGCCGCGGCGGCGGCCUGAUGCGGCACCCGGCACCGCCCCGUCCGGCUUUUUUCUCCCUUUCUAGCGGCGAGCCCUCCGCUCUGAUAUCUCCGGGGGCGAGGCGGGGGCGGUGACGCCCCGUGCCCGGAGCGCCGGCCAUGCGGGGCGCGGCCCCCGGCGGCCCGGCGGCGGGCGGCAGGCGCUGAGCGCGGGCGCGGCGAUGCCGAUGCCGGGGGGCGACGGGGCCGCGGCGGCCAGGCAGCCCCCGUCCGGCGAGGCGGCGGCACCGCGGGACGAGGAGCAGCAGGAGGAGGAGGGCGAGGAGGAUCUUCGCGACGGCGGCGUCCCCUUCUUCGUCAACCGCGGCGGGCUGCCCGUGGAUGAGCCCACCUGGGAGCGGAUGUGGCGGCAUGUGGGCAGGAUCCACCCCGACGGGGACCGGGUGGCGCAGAGGAUCCGGGGCGCCGCCGACCUGCCCAAGAUUCCCAUACCAAGUGUGCCUGUGUUCCAGCCGUCCACCCCCAUCCCUGAGCGCCUGGAAGCUGUACAGCGCUACAUCAGGGAGCUUCAGUACAAUCACACUGGGACACAAUUCUUUGAGAUUAAGAAGAGCAGACCUCUGACUGGGCUGAUGGAUCUGGCCAAAGAAAUGACCAAAGAGGCCCUGCCAAUAAAAUGCCUGGAAGCUGUGAUCCUGGGAAUUUACCUCACCAACAACAUGACCACACUGGACCGUUUUCCCAUCAGCUUCAAAACCCACUUCUCAGGGAACUACUUCCGACACAUCGUGCUGGGGGUGAACUUUGGCGGCCGCUAUGGGGCACUGGGCAUCAGCCGACGUGAGGAACUUAUGUACAAAGCACCUGUCUUCCGCACACUGAGCGAACUCAUCUUUGACUUUGAGGAGGCGUAUCGCCGCUGCUGGCACACUCUGAAAAAGGUGAAGCUGGGCCACUGUGUGUCCCAUGACCCACACAGUGUGGAGCAGAUUGAGUGGAAGCGCUCCAUCCUGGAUCUUGAAAAGCUAACCCGCGAAGACUUUCGCAAAGAGCUGGAGAGACAUGCCCGUGAUAUGAGGCUGAAGAUUGGGAAAGGAACUGGACCACCAUCUCCCACCAAGGACAGAAAGAAAGAUGUCUCCUCCCCACAAAGAGGUCAGGCCAGCCCCCAUCGACGAAACAGCCGUGGGGACCGACGGCCAUCUGGUGAGAAGAAACCUGCCGAUUCCAAAGCCAUGCCAGACCUCAAUGGGUACCAGAUCCGGGUGUGAAGAGAGCUGUGCCUUGUGUACCUGGCUCCACGGACUUUUUGCUGGCCACAGUUGGGACCUGGAUCCACCUGCAGUGAUUCUGACAAAUGAGACAGGGGAGUGGGAGCAAAAGAGUGCUGAUUUUCCCAGGUACUUACUAGUGGGCCAGUCCCAGAGCUGGAUCCCAUGGGUCCCAGAGGAUUCGCCUGCCUGUUUCUGGGAGAGGUGACCAUCUUAAUUCACUUAAGUAUUUUUAAAAAAAGAAAAAAAAAAAGAAAAAAAUCUAAAAAUCUGUACAUUAGUGGGAGUUUGCUUCAGGAAGAAUAUUAAGUGAGUGGGGUCAGUGGACUUGUUAUCUUUGCCUUGACAGCAAGUAGGUGAAGCAUUCUUGUCAACAGUACUUCUUUCCUGUCUGCACAGAAGUCCUCAACCCCUGCAAGGCCUGCAGGGCUGUGGGAGAAGUGAUGCUGGAAUGGGAUGGCCCCUGAAUCUUGUACAAAAACUCCUGGUUUUGUCAUUAUGAACACUUUGUUUAUCAUCAUCUCUCUUGUGAGAGAUAGGUCUGGAUUUGCUCAGCCUGAUUUAUUGACCAUACAAAGUCUUCUCAUCCAGAAAAAACACAUUUUGUAUGUUUAGUCCUGCCUAUUUCAAAGCAUUUCAUUGUCUCUGAGGGGGUAGACAGUGGAAUGCUGGUGACCUGUUGCUGUAGAUCCAUUGGUGGUUGAGUGGAUCAGGAUAUGCCUAUACCACUGCUACAUGAAAACAGGCACAGAGACCUCAAUUAUUCCAGCAGUGGAGAUGGGGCAGGAGGGGGCUGGUGGAAAACCUGAACUUCACAUCAUCUCUUCAUCAGCUUUUUCGCUAUCAACUUCUAGUGGCUGCUACUCAGAAAGCUUGUGGCAGGCAUUUCAGUCACUGAGGUACGAGUUUUAAGAGUAAAUACUUAAAGAAGAAUGUAAUAAUGUGAACAGGAUUUACAAGCAUUUUUUCCUUUCCACAAGGCUCUUGCUCCUUCCUCCCUGUAGUGUUAGUGCCAGAGUUACAUACACCUGUUUGUGAGAAGCUCUGCUGGAGGAAAUUGCAGCUGCUUUCGUGACAGCUCACUCUGGAGCCUCCUGAAAGCAGUUCCCCACCCCAGUGCCAGAGCUGUGGUUGUGUUCUGCCUCUUUGGAGAGCUGCAGUAUAUAAGAGCACUGCUUACACUAACCUUCCCCUAAGGGCUGGGCUGGGCCUUUCUGCCACUUGUGGCCUUGACUUCCUAUGCUUCUUUUGGGGGAGUGUUGUACUGCUGAUUAAGCAGUGUAAUGCUUGUCAGAAAUCUGGAGUGUUGUCAGACCUAUCUGUUUGAGGCCUAGGACAUGAGAACAGUGGGAUCUCCAGAAGUCAGAACAGCAUGGUCUUAAAGUGAUUCGGAUGCAUGGAUCUAGGGGACGCAAAAACUGAGAUUGAAAGUGGGAGUACCCUGGAGAGAAAAAGUCUUGUUUUAUCACAGCACUGAUAAGGAGCUAAACUUUCUGAAAUACCACAUAUUUAAUUUUGUUAGAACUGGGCUUAUUCUUUCCUUUCUUUGUUAGAAACAUGAUGGAGCUUAGCUCUACUAGUUUCUUUGUUGCAGUAUUCUUGUGCCACAUCCUCAUAAUAAGCAGAGCUAUUUUGGUGGCAGAGAAUGGGUUCUUAACCCCAAACAAAUCAGCUCUUCUGCCUAGUUAAAGCAGUUAAUCCUCGAAGCACCACCCACAAGCUAUUUAACUCACGCUUUACAGGUCCCUAAUUGUACAUCCUUAGCUGUGAUGUAACUUGCAAGGUGUAUCCAUACCACUGCAGUCGGUCCUUCCAAACUCUCUUUGUAGUCUGUUUUCUGCCAGGAGGAAAAUCUGUAAGAAGGUGUCAGAACUUGCUGCUGAGCCAAGACAAGGUUAAUCCAGAAGAGGAUGCCAGUUUCCACAGUGCAGUACAACACCUGUCUACUCCUUUAUAUUCCAGCUACAUGCAACAAUUGACGUUAACAGCAGCAGUGAGCCAAGCACCUAUUUGAAUGCGUCCUCUGGUCAUUUUUGUGUGGCUGUAAAUUAACAUAUUUAAUGUCUGGAUGCUAACGAUAAUGUUAGCUGUAAAGGCACCACAGUUACCUGUAAAUAAUAUGGGCCACUCAGAAGCCACAAACUGCCUUUGCAUAAUGUUUGCUAUGCAGCGGACUAAAAGUUCAGAUGCCACUGUGAAUCAUAUGAUAAAUAUAAGCAGCAGUCAGCAAGGGAAAACUGGCUGCCAGGUUUUAAUAAAGUGGAUGAAAUCCAGAAUUUUAAAAAAUUAUAAUAAGAUGCCUAGAAUGCAUCUUCAUCAUAACUUUGUUGAUUGGUUAGUUAUUUCAGAGUAACUGGAGAGCUUUUGAGAGUAAUUAGUAGCUUAAUAUAGAGAACAUUGAAUAACUGGAGAGACUUGAGCUUUUUUAGAUGGAAAGGGGAAAUGUGGGGGUGGGAGGAAGACUUUACAGCAGAUGAGACAAAUGAGGGGUCAGCUGCAAGUUAAUGAUGCUUUCUUGAGAGCAGGGCAACAGGGGUGUUCAGCAGUAUUAGAUCACCAAGGCAGAAUAGCUUAAAACAAAAUGCUUUGUUUGACUUUGUAAUUAAGUGCUUUCCUGCAGGAUGUAACUGAGGCCAGUAGCUUAGAAAACCAAAGGAAAUGGAUGUUUAAGAUAUGAAUGACAGGUAGAGUUCAAGGUCUCUUAAUCCUCAGCUGCAGCUAGACAAAAACAUCCUCUUUCAAUAUUUAAUUGCACAAUUACAUAUGUUAGGAAGUAUUUAAUUCUUUGCUUGAUCAAACAUUGAUUAACUUCUCAAGGUGGACACAGGAGGAGACAAGUGCACUCUGCUAGGGUUACUAUUUCAAGCCUUCUACUGUGUUUCUCUGUGUUGUAGAAUUCCUGUUGUAGAAUUCCUGCUCCUUACUGUUUCGGUAUCUCCAGUUUAGCAGAUCUUACAAGAAACUGGAAAAGGACCAUGGAGUUCUUUCCUUUUUGCUCUUGCUCCCCCCAUCUUUGUAACAGGAUCAAUCACUUCAACACAACACAUUGUUUCCUUCCUAACAAACAAGACCACAUUCUUCCAUGACAAAGAGGAUUAAUGAGAUCUAGCUUUAUGCUGUAAGAAACCUGCAAGAAAUCUUACAGAAAACUAUAAGAGGGUACAGUGCAAGACAAACUUGAGCACUUCAACUUCUUUCCUCCCCCAUCUAAUUGCUCUGGUUUCUGGUCUGUCUGCCUUUAACCAUAAGGAAAAAAAGCUGGCGAUGAGAGUCUUUUUCACUUCUGCAGGCUUUAGAGGAGGAAUGGCAAUGUAACUCAUAUUCCUUUAGUGCCUGCAGAACAAGGAAGAUGGAUCUCAAGGAGUCCUAUUAAUUUUUAGAAGUUAAAUAUUAAUAGGGUCACUUGUGUAGCUCUGUGAUGUAAAUUUCAGUAUUCAGUGGGUCCCACCUGAUGUCUGUUCUGCAGUACAAGUCCUGUGAAUGAAAUAAGAGCCCCUCUUUAUACUUUUAUGUAGACAAGUCCCUUGAUACCUGGCCAACUGCAAUUUUUUAAUGGGCAGAUUCAUUAGUGAGCAAAACUUUGUGCUACAGCAUCACUCUGAUACAAACUUUGUAUAUUAAAGAGUGGGAUUGGGUGUCACACUAGCCUUUUUUUUUUUAACUGGUAGAAGCUAAAGGAGUCAUUAGGAAUGUCAGGUGUGUUAGCAAGUGUUUUAGGUGGGAGUGGAGUGCUUUUUUUUCAGUUACUAUUUUACCUGUGGGCCAGGGUAUGGGUCAGAACAUAGUUUCUAUCAGAAUAAAUGACUCCAGAAUUGUACAUGUGUUCACGUAGUAGCUGUAUUGCUGUUUUCAAAUCUGCUUAACAUGAUGAAUUUUAAGUAUUUCAGGUGAAAGCCUUAAUCAGGUGCCUGCCCCCUAAGGUAGGCUCAUGUGUGGUGUUGUAUAGACUGGAACAUGACUGUCCUUAAAAAUUCAGAGUUUAAGAAACCAUAAUGAAGCUUCUGUUUGCCAAAGGGCAAGAGUCUGGAUUAGAUUGGCUUGACCUUGCUCCAGUGGCUCUGGCUAAUCACUUUGGGUGGUUGCUUUAGCUACCUGCUUCUUCUGAGUUAAGUGUUUCAAGUGGUCCUGAUGCUUGAACAGUAGGAAGGGGCAGAGGGUGUUCCAGGUGUACUGUGUGUGCAAGUGAAGCUGAAAUAACACCACACAUUCCAGUGGCCUUGCACUGUUGUCUUGACAACAUUUAGACCUGCAUUAUGGAUUUAUAAUUUUACUUAAUAAAGCAAGUGCUAUCCUGGCUUGAUGUUUGCUCUCCCAGAGCAAGUUGGAGAUGACCCCUCUACAACCAAGCUGAACUCCUUAGGGAAUUUAAUAUUUUUGUGUGUCUUCUGAGCAGGUGUUUACUUGUGUCACAACCACUCUCCUUCAGUGGUGCCCUGGCCCUUUCUGCUCAAGAGCAACUCUGUUUAGGCCCAGAAGGCUACUGAAUUCCCCAUGAUCUCUGCAGAGCAGAGUUUCCCUCCAGGUCAGGGUUGAGAUGGUGCUAGUGGGACCAGAGCAGUCCCCUUCCAUGCACAUCAGUAUUCUACUCCAGCACUGAUAGGGUGCUCCAAAACCAUUUACAUCUUUAUCACUGGUACAGCUCAGAACUAAGAAAUGGAAAGUUUCUUUCUUUAAGAACAGUAUCAUGUGUGUCUUUUUGUAAUUAAUCAGUGUGGUUCUGUUUCUUAUGUAGCCAACACAGAAUUUUUAUUUAGAUUUAGUUUUUACUGCACUUCCCAUGGCCCUCAUGUUGAUACUUCUUCCUGCUUCCUUUGACACUUAAAACAAUAAAAUUCCCUCUGUACUGCUCUCAGCUUGUGCAGAGAAAACAA